AGAAGACUUUUAAACUUUUUUGGUCAAAAAUCUUAAUAUUGUGUUUAUGUAUGUUGAUAACUAAUAUACAAUCUCCAUUCAUCCAGAGGGUGAGGCGCAAAUGAUCAGUUUACUGACAUGCACAGUGAUACACAGAUACAAGUUCAAACAGCAGGUCAAUGCUGUGAGGUUCAGUCCCGAUGGAAAGUACUUUGCCGCUUGUUGUGACGAUACAGUAUUCAUAAUGACCGCACCAUGCACAUUCACCGGUGAGUUCCGCUCCUUCGUUAUGAAGCGGGUCUUCAAGAAAGCCAGAGACGAAGUGACCUGUAUGGACUGGUCUCCUUGUUCCAAACUCCUCGCUGUCGGAUCCAAAGACACAACAACAAAAAUAUACACCGUAGAUUAUUUAGAUAACCUUAGUAUGUACUCCUUAAGCGGCCAUACUGACAAAAUAGUGGGAGUAUUCUUUGAGAAGAAAAGUUUGGAUUUAAUAACUGUCAGUAGGAAUGGACAGGUUUGUUUGUGGGAGGCAAAUAUAGAUAUAGAUGAUUUGGUCGUCUCCGAUGUACAGAUAUCUCAUCGUAAGAAACGCAAGAUAGCUAAGGAUGAGGAAAGUGAGGAUGAAGUUGAUGAAAAAGCUGUUAUUGAGAAGGAUAAGGAAUAUGAAAGUGAAAACGAAGAAGAAGAGAAAGAGACAGAGAUAAAAUCGGAGGAGGUUUCCAAGUUGUUGUAUAAGAAGUUGGGCCGACAUUACAUUGGGGAUGAUAUAAGGAGCAAACAUCAUAAGGUCAAGUUGACAGCGGCCCAGUAUCAUAGGGAAACCAAGAUGUUGGUCACAGGUUUUUCUACGGGAAUAUUUUAUCUACACGAAAUGCCUGAUGUGAAUCUCAUUCACACGCUCAGCAUAUCAGAGCACAGAAUAAGCAGUAUUGCUAUCUCAUCUCCCGGUGACUGGAUAGCUUUCGGUUGCCCUAAUAUUGGUCAGCUUCUUGUUUGGGAGUGGCAGAGUGAGCAGUACGUAAUGAAGCAACAAGGUCAUUCCCUCGAUAUGACCUGUCUAGCAUAUUCCCCGGACGGUCUGUAUAUAGUCACGGGAGGUUAUGAUGGGAAGGUCAAAGUAUGGAACACUACAAAUAGUUUUUGCUUUGUGACCUUCAACGAACAUAAGUCAACUGUCACUAGUAUCACUUUUAGUGCCAACAAGAAGUUCUUCGUGUCUGCCAGUCUGGAUGGGACCGUUAGAUGCUACGAUUUGACUAGGUACCGCAACUUCCGUACGUUAACGUCGCCAUCACUAGUCCAGUUCAGUUGUGUGGCGUUGGACGCUAGCUCUGAACUCUGUGCCGCUGGAGGGCAGGAUGUCUUCGAAGUCUUCCUCUGGUCCAUCAAGUUUGGGAAGCUUUUGGAUGUUCUAGGAGGCCAUGAAGCGCCAGUAUCUUGUGUCGCCUUCAGCCCUACAUUAUCGAGCUCUCGCCUUGUAUCCGCGAGUUGGGACAAGACCAUUCGUAUUUGGAACUGCAUUGAGACCAGCGCCGAGUGUGAGACGAUUCAACUUACGUCGGACGCUUUGCAAGUUGCGUUCAGACCUGAUGGUGAAGAGAUUGCGGUAUCGUCUUUAGACGGUAAUAUAACAUUCUUCAAUACUACCACGGGCGAUCAAACAGGCAGCAUUGAAGGGAGAAAUGACCUUGGAUCCGGUAGAGCUGACACCGACCUCAUAACUCCUGAGAAAAUGUUAAAGACAAAAGCGUUCACAACAAUAUGUUACUCGGCGGACGGUUCCUGUAUUCUCGGCGCUGGCAACUCCAAACAUGUCUGCCUGUACAGUGUGAGGGAAGCCAUACUUAUCAAGAAGUUUGUCAUCACACAGAACCGAUCUUUGGAUGCUGUUAAUGACUUCAUAAACCGACGUCUGAUGACGGAGUUCGGUAACAUGGCGCUUGUAGAAGAGAGGGGUGAUUUAGAGGGGGGCGACGUCAAUGUCCGCCUGCCGGGCGUUAGGGACGGAGAUAUGGCUGAUAGGAGGGUUAAACCUGAGGUGCGUGUCCACUGCGUUAGAUUCUCACCAACCGGUGACAGUUUUGCAGUGGCUGCCACUGAAGGUUUGCUCAUAUACAGCCAGAAUGCAGGCAUCGAUGGCACGUUCAGGCCGUUCCGGUUAGAAGCCGGUUCGACUCCAUAUGCGGUAAAACAGCAUCUAUCAGAGGAGGCCUGGGGCUCCGCCCUCGUGGCCGCCUUGCAGCUUAACGAGCACUCCGUCAUACAACAGUGCGUGGAGGCUGUUCCAGCUAAUGAUAUUACAUUAACAGUAGCGAAUUUAGACGACGAAUACUCAGACCGCCUGCUGAACUCGAUAGCUAGACUUCUGGAGGACAGUCGACACCUGGAACACCUGCUCCUCUGGGUGAAGGCUCUGGUCACAGUCAAGAGGAGGAAGUUCCCUCCCAGUGUUCUAUUGGCGCUGGAGAAAGUACUCACUGUCAAGUAUUCGCAGAUUAGCAAGAUAUGUGACUUCAAUAAAUACACGAUACGCUGCAUCAAGACAGUUAGUGAAAUGGCGCCGAAGAUGGAAGUGGAUGACCAGAUGGACAGUGAUAAUGAAUCCAGUGGACGAGGCACAUUCUCUGAUACAGACUAGAUAGGGAUUUAGGAAUAAAUUUUAUAAUAUCAAA